AUGCUUUCCAAUAUCUAUCGUCAACAUACACAACAUGUUGCAGAUUUAAAACAAAAACAAGAAAAGAAAAAGAAAGAAUUAUUAACAUCAGCCGAACAAUUAACACGUCUUGUGCUCGAUGGACUUAAUGAUGAUGUCUCUGAAUGUUAUAAAAAUCAGAAACGUAUUGAUCAAGCAUGUAAACAAUUAACUGCACAAUCAAGUCUACUAAUAAAACAAUCACAAGCAUGGUCUACAUUGAUCGGACAAUUUACAGAUGCACUUAAAGAAUUAGGUGAUGUAGAAAAUUAUUCAAAAAUAAUCGAACGAGAAUGUUCAACUAUUGCAAAUACAUUAGCUACUGUUCAUCAAGAUAUGACUAAAAGUCGGCAAAUCGUUCAUACUAAUAAUAAUAAUAGUCCACAAGAUUCUACUGCAAGUCCAAUGGAGUAA